AUGGAAAAUCUUCCUUCCCCACGUUUCAUCUUUCUGCUCUCACUCGUCACUCUGUCAAUCAAUGUAGAUGCACGACAUCUUCUAGAGGUAAUAUUGCCUGAGCUUCCCAAGCCUGAAUUACCUGAGCUGCCACCACUUCCUAAGUUUGAGCUUCCAUCAUUACCUGAACUUCCAACCUUGCCUAAACCUGAAAUUCCCACUCUUCCAAAACCUGAAUUGCCUGAGUUGCCCAAGCCUGAAGUGCCCAAAUUGCCUGAAUUACCAAAACCUGAACUGCCAACUUUUCCCCACUUGCCUGAGUUGCCAAAGCCCACAUUCCCUGCUAUUCCCACAAUACCCAAGGACACCAAACCUCUUCAGUCAGCUACUAGUCCUUAA